GGCACGCCCACAGCUUCGGUAUGAGCCAAUCCUAGGAGGAGACUCGGCUGCGGAUUGGCUCUUUCUGCUGGAGUAGGCGGGCAUAGCAGGGCGGAAUCCGGAAACGGCGGCGCAGGUCCGGGAGGAGCUGAAGACAUGGCUGAGCACCGGAGACGAGUGUUUGUUGAAAAAGUGCUGAAGAAACUUUUUCCUAAUGUUUCAAGUAGCCAAGAAAAGGGGGCACCUGGGAUUGUGACCUCAGAAACACCACUCAAGAAAGUGACCUCGGAGAGAGUGAAGUCUAAGCAUUUUCAUUGUUUAACAGAUGGCAGUGACAUUAAGAUCCAGCCACAGCGCCAUCUCUAUACUGUGAGUUUGCCUCCUGAGGGCUACGUACCCUGCUUACCAGAGCCCAACAGCUGUGCUGAUUGUGAGAAGGCCUGUUGUACCGAUGAUGCAGAAGAUCAAGAUCCUCAUGAUCAACGAAAGAAAAAAAUUAGAAAGCGUAAACUGAAGAAAAAAAUUAAAAAUUCCAAUAAUGUUCAUGUAAAACAAGCAGAAUCAGAGCAACAGAGCCUUUUACAAGCAAAAUUACAGUCGCAGCAUACAGAUGGCCUCACAAUAAGCAAAAACAAGAAAAGGAAGCUGAAAAAGAAACAGCAAAUUAGAAAGAAAAGAGCCGCUGGCUUAGGGACCAAGGCCUCCAGUGCCAGCUUUACAUACCAGCCUAAGGAGAGUGGCAGUGACCAGGAAGAUAUGCCCAGGGCUGCUAGAAAUAGAGUCCCCAAGGCCAUGGAGGAGGCCACAGGGGAUGCCAGCUCAAAGGAUGACACAGCCCCCACCCAGGAAGACAUGGAGAUCACUGACAGGAAGGUUGAUGGCAUCCUGAACUUUCUGAAGUCAACCCAAGAAAUGUAUUUCUGUGAUGGUGUCUCCAAAGACACGGAUUCGGCUAUCCAAGUGGAAACUGCUGAAGAGCUGCUCCACUGUCUUGAGUCUCACUGCAUGCCUCCCUCGGAUGUGCUCAUUGUGGACCAUAUGAAAACACUGCUACAUCUGCAUGACACGACAAGACUGCAGCGGGCCCUGGAGCUGCUCCCGGAGCACUGCACAAUGCCUCUCGACUACGCCAGAGUAAUCUCUGCCUUCUUUAACUACUGGAUUACACAUGUCCUACCUGAGAAAAACAGUGAAUAAAACCAGUAUGUCUUUUUAAGAAGAAUUAAUAUUUUCAAGAAAAUGUAAAUGACAAAGUUGACUGAGGGUUCAUUCUUAAAUACAAAGAAGAUUAAAUUCCUAAUAUUUUCUUUGUAACUCUAAUCCUGGAGACUUUGAAGACACUUCUGCCAUAUAACUUAUUCCUGUGUUUGUACAUAAUGGGUAAGAUUAUGAGACUUUAAACAUCUGAGACUGUAAAUGAGAAAUGGGAUAAAAUUGAAAAUUUCACUUAUUUGCAAUUGCAUGUCUUGAAUUACUACAUAAAACUUGAUUGGUUUUCUAAUUCCUGUAAAACACUGAAAAGGGACACAGUAUUAAACUAUAUAGUUGUUUUAGUCAUUUUUUUCAAAAUGCAUAACACCUAAAACUUAAAGGAGGUAUUUAUUUUAGUUCAUAUGUCAGUCCAUCGUCAGCUGACUCUAACAAAGAAACAGAAUGGCAGAGGGCUUGGCAGAGGAGUAGCUGUUCACCUCAUGACAGCCAGGAAACGAAGAGACAAAGGAGGAACGGGAAUGAGAUAAACUCUAUUGAGUCGUGCUCUCAAUUACCCACCUUUUCCUACCAGGCUUCACUUCCUGAGAGCAAGUCAGUGGUAAGCCUCCGUCAUCCAGUCACCUCCCAAAAGUCCCGCCUAUGCACUAGCACAUAAGAUUUUAGGGGAAAGUCUGGACAUAAAUGAUAACAAUAGGUUAUAUAAUUAAAGUUGUUGGUUUUUUUAGUUGUUACUUGUUUUUAAUCAAGUUUUAAAUCACUUUGAGUCUGAAAAUCUUAAGGAUUCCUUAUGAGUAUUAAAAACCUCAAGUUAAAUUAAUUUGAUUAUAACUGAAUGUAUUUUAUUAUCUCCUCUACCUUGAAAAUAAUGUCAAAAGCCUGUUUUUCCCAUUUUCGCUUUCCUAUUUUAGCUUUGCCUAUUUUUAGUAUGCCUAACUAAAACUUAUCAGUUCAUUAGAAUGUUUUAGGUCAUUGACUCAAUCCAUGAAAAAAGUAACUUUAUGGUAAUAAAGUAUAUGCUACACAGCAUUUACCCCCAUUUUUAAAUGUACUGUUGGAUAUUUGGUGGCAUUAAUUCCCUUUGCUAGACCAGCAGUCCUCAUCACCAUUCAUUCCUUUCUGUGGCUGAAGACGGUUCCUCAUUGCACAUGUGAAGCAUGUUUUAUGUGUCUGUCCGUCUAUUGCUGGACUUGGAUUGUCUUCCGUUUUGCCUAACAUGAACAGUUGUAGGAACAUGUAUGCAUUUGUGUGCAUUCUUCUGAGGAGCACAGUUGCUUAUCGGAUGGUAACUAUGUUUAACUUUUGGAGAAACUUCGAGGUUGUUUUCCCAUGAUGGACAUUCUCAUUAUCAGUGGAUGAGGGUGUUAGUCUCCCGCACCCUGCCUAGCACUUAUGAUUUUCCAUUUUCUUGCUAAUAGCCAUCCUGACAGGUAUGAGGUCGUAUCCCUUGAUAGUUUUCAUUUUUGUUUCCCUAAUGACUAAUGAUGUUGGGCAUCUUUUUAUGUGCUGUUGGUGAUCUGUGUUUUUGGAGAAAUGGGGAGAAAUGUAUGUUCCAGUCAUUGCCUAUUUGUGAAUUAGGUUGUUUGGCUUUUAGUAUUAUUGUAUAUGUUUUUUAUAUAUUCUAGUUUUUAAUUCUUCAUCAGAUAAAUGAUUUGGAAAUAGUUAUCCCAUUUCUGAGGCUUGCAUUUUUAUUCCUUUGAUAUGCUGAAUUUUUAAAUUUCUAUGAAUUUCAACUUCUCUAUUUUCUCCGUUUUUGCCUGUGUUUCUAGUAUCUAAGAAAUCACCACAAACUCAAUAUUGUAAAUAUUUUACCUUGUCUUUUCUCCUUAGAGCUUUAACUCUUACAUUUAACUCUUAGUUUGACUCAUUUUGACUUUACUUUUGUAUAUGAUGUACUUAAAGGGCUAUCUUUUUCUUUGUAUGUAGGCAUCCAGCUUUCCAGCACCAUGGGUUAAAGAGACUGUUCCCAGUAUAUGUCCUUUUGUCAGAAAUUAAUUAACAGUAUAUAUUAGGGCUCUUCUGAAAUUAAGACAUGUAACCCCUCCAACUUCUUCCUUUUUUUUUUUUUUUUUUCGUAUGUGUGUGUGGUACUGGGGAUCAAACUCAUUACCUUAUGCUUGCCAGGCAGGCACUUAUGCCACUAGCUAAAUCUCUGGCCUCCAACUUGUUCUUUUGUAAGACUGUUUUGCUAUUCAAGAACCCUUGAGGUUCCAUAUAAAUUUAGUCUGGGCUUUUUCUGUUGGUGCAAAUAAUACUUUUUUUUGGAUUCUUGUAUGAAUGGCAUCACUUGCCCUCAGAAGUAAAUCCGGAAUGACAUCUUCCACCUCUCUGAACUGAGUCAGGGAUGGAAUCUUUGGACCAUUGCACUUUGCUCCAUGCACAGUCAAAAAGUGAGGACAGGUCUUAGAUUUGAUCUUAUAAUCAAUCUGCACUCAUCUGCCUGUGAAGACUGGUGAUCAGCUGUGUCCUACAGAAAUAGCUUGAGGCAUGAAUGCUGAGCAGACUCAAAGGUGUAGCCACGGCACUUUUACAACUGCUGAAUCCAUCUGAGCCCAGCCAGCUAAAACUCAGAGCCUGUGUAUGAAAGGAGAAGACAGGAUAUCCUGGUGUCAUUGCUGCCAGGUCUCCAACAGAAGUCACUUACACUAUGUAGAACCUUUUGAAAACAAAUGGUUCUGAAGAUGGGUCCUUUUGUGACCAUGACCAAGUCAUACCGCCCAGCUUAGCUAGAAUUGGUGAUUGGUCACACGUAGGCCUUGACACCAGGACAGGUCCUAGAAAAUCAGUUAAUGGCAAAUAAAGUACAUGUUAUCAGCAGGUUCAUGUCAUGAAGACAGGACGCCUGCCUCUACCAAAUGUGAUACUCAGAGGAAAGGCUACUGAGAAGAAUGCUGUAGAGCAUUAUUACUGUUCCAUGUUUUGGCAGCCUUGGAGGAGAUGAUGUCAUCUGCUGCAGUAUGCUACCCAUCCUGCCUCUUCCUCCUCUAACCCUUUUCCAAUGAGUGAGGAAUUACUGCCACAAGGAUGCUGGUCCUAGUCUGUCUCCCUUCAGUGACACUGAUGCCUAUUUUCUUCCUCCACAAACUUCAGUGGCCUCACCGGCCAUGAGCUGUCAAUGUACAAAGUGAAACCUACCAUUUAAAGAACCUUUUCGAUAUGUGUUUGCCAAUAUGAAAAUAAAUAUUGACAGACUCAUAAUCUUAAUUCUGAACAUGUAACAUGUAUCUUGUAAGUAUGAACCAUUACAUCUUUAAAAUGCCCUGUGAAUAACUGCUGUUUUAGGAGCAGGGAAUUCUAAUUUACGGACCCUUUACUUGAUUUCACAGAAAUUCCUAUGACUAUGUCUGUGGAUUCUUCUAUAUCCGUUCACCUGACACUAAAAGUACAGAGGAAUAGGAACAUUAUUGAGAUGGUAGGAAAAUCAGUAUUCACUAGUUUUGUGUAUCAUUCUAAUUCCAAAAAGAAAAACAUGUCUUCUAGAAAACAAAACAAGUGAAUCUUGUCUCUGCUGUGUCAACAUAAACAUGAUGAUCUGUUUAGCCCUGUUGCAAUUGAAAAUGAAGUUGCUGAGUUCGAUCCCUGGUACCGAUAAAAACGAAAAAGACAAAAAAAAAAAAAAAAAAGAAAAUGAAGUUGCAUACUAUUUAGGUCAAUUUAUCUUCUACAGUGGUGCAAAAUAUGCAUGCAACCAUGUAAUUUAUUUACUCUGAACCUCAAGUUUUAAGACAAAGAGAGCUGUUGGUUCUCCUGGAGAAGCUUUGGUCUUCACAUUGAGCAUUGCUUCCUGGCUCCGGAGGGGAAGACAUGUGCUGCUUGGUCUCCAGGAUGAACUCGUCACGCUGCUUCCUGGCAUGUACCUGACUGUGCUUGUCGAAGGAGGAGCUCAGGGCCUCCGUGUCGCUGAGGACAGCUGUGGUGCCUUUCAGGCUAGCCCUGCUCCUUGUUGUGAGUGUGACUUCUCGGCUCCAGCGUAGAACCCUCAUCCCACUAGCACAGACCCUUUAUCCUGCUGGCAUAGACUUUCUGGCUUCCACCACUGACCUUUGGGUCUUCCUGGCACAGAUCCAUAAAAGAAACUGGCGUGAGUCCUUCUUGUGGGCUCUGGACUUCCAGUUGGACUCGUGGAGGCAUUGUCCUGAGCUCUGGGUUUUUAUCUAGACUCAUGUGGGACAUUGCCGUGGGGUUUAGGCUCUUGACUAAAUAAUCUAUGUCUUUGGUGUUGCAGAUAGAUUUCCUGCAUUUCCCCGUGUUAACUUCUGGUGACCAUUAUAAAAAUAUUAUAAACUCCA